AUGCAUAUCAAUCAAGAGACAGAGGAAAAGCUAUCCAUAAGAGGCUGUGCUCCGCCAUUUCAUUGCACGGAAAGUACUUGUAGUGAAUCUACAAAUCCGGAUUCUGCAUAUACUGUCAACUACUGCUGCUGUGACUCGGAUCUAUGCAACUAUGCAUUACAAGCUAAUGUACUUUUCAUCACAAUCGUUUUUGCUGCUUUGCUAGGUCUAUAA